AAGAAAGAAACAUCCAUUGUUAGGGGAAAAACACAAUCUUUAAGCAACAAAAGCGGCGUUGAUUCUCCGAUUUCACGAGACAAGAACAUCUCAAAGUUUCUCGUUUUAAGGGUUCUUCAUUCUUAGAAGAAACGAGAUACAUUGUGGGGGUUUCGAGUCAUGGGUUUGGAGAAGAAGUCUGCAUUGUUGGAAGAUUUGAUAGAGAAAUGCGGCGGCUGUGCGGUGGUCGACGGCGGUUUCGCGACCCAGCUCGAGAUUCACGGCGCCGCCAUUAACGAUCCCUUGUGGAGUGCGGUUUCUCUCAUCAAAGAUCCUGAACUCAUCAAGCGGGUUCAUAUGGAAUAUUUGGAGGCUGGUGCAGACGUUGUGGUUACUUCAUCUUAUCAGGCUACAAUCCCUGGCUUCCUCUCAAGAGGAUUGUCGAUGGAAGAGAGCGAGUCACUGCUACAAAAGAGCGUGAAACUAGCUGUGGAAGCCCGUGAUAGAUUCUGGGACAAAGUCAGCAAAACCUCAGGACAUAGCUAUAACCGAGCUCUUGUAGCUGCUUCUAUUGGAAGCUAUGGAGCUUAUCUUGCAGAUGGCUCUGAGUACAGUGGAAGCUAUGGAGAGGAUGUAAGCUUGGAUAAACUUAAAGACUUCCACAGGAGGAGAAUCCAAGUCCUAGUUGAAGCUAGUCCUGACCUUCUCGCUUUUGAAACCAUACCGAACAAACUCGAGGCUCAGGCGUGCGUUGAGCUGCUGGAGGAAGAGAAUGUGCAGAUCCCAGCAUGGAUCUGUUUCACAUCUGUAGAUGGUGAGAAUGCUCCUUCAGGGGAAAGCUUUCAGGAAUGCCUUGAAACCCUUAACAAAAGCAACAACAUUUGCGCUGUUGGCAUUAACUGCGCACCUCCUCAGUUCAUGGACAAUCUGAUCCGCAAAUUCUCCAAGUUGACCCAGAAGGCUAUCGUUGUUUACCCAAAUAGUGGAGAGGUGUGGGACGGAAAAGCUAAAAAAUGGCUGCCGUCGCAAUGCUUUGGUGAUGCUGAGUUUGAGAUGUUUGCAACGAAAUGGCGUGACCUUGGAGCUAAACUUAUAGGAGGAUGUUGCAGGACUACACCUUCCACCAUCAAAGCUAUCUCCAGAGAUUUGAAACGAAGAUGAGUUCCUCAGGGAAGAAGAUUUGAAGAUUUCACUUCUUUAAUUCGUUUGAUGAGUCAUCAUUGUUAGGUUAUUCUAUUUAUGGACUGUGUUGUUUGCUUGCCUUUGACGUUUCCUAUGUUAUUUAAAUAUAUGUAUCCGUAAACAAGGCCUUGGACUU